AUGCACCAGCUCUCGGUCUCCAUCGCUUUGAUCCUCUGCUUAGCGGCGCAGCGUGUUCAUUCCCAGCAUGUCUUCGCUCAUUUCAUGGCGCAAAACUCGUAUCCCUAUUCUCCGUCAGACUGGCAAAGUGACAUUUCUACCGCCGCGGGGAUCGGUAUCGACGGCUUCGCACUGAACAUCGCCCAGAACGACUACGAGGUCGCGAAGAUCGCGGAUGCAUACACGGUGGCGGAGGCGAUGGACCCUCCUUUUCAGCUCUUCUACUCCUUCGACGCCAGUUACAGCUGGUCCGCGAGCGACAUAGUCACCAUCAUCUCCAACCACGCGAGCAGCCCCAGCUCGUUCAAGUACGGAGACGCGCUGCUGGUCUCCACUUAUAGCGGCGAGCAAUAUGGCAACGACUUCUGGACCGGGAUAAAGCAGACCUUGGCGGACGACGGCAUCACCGUCACGUUCGCCCCCGCGUUCACCAGCUACAGGGAUCCGAGCCUCGCGAGCCAGCUCCUGAGCGACUUCCCGGUCAUCGACGGCUUCUUCAACUGGUGGUCCUGGCCCCAAGACGUGCCGGACAACUUGACGACCGCCACCGAUGUCGCGUACCAGGCCGCGAUCCAGCAGCGCAGCGGGCCGUACAUCAUGUCGGUUUCGCCUUGGCAAUUCAAGAAUCUGGGCACGAGCGAUACGGACUGGGUGGAGCAGAGCGACUACCUCUGGUUGUAUAGAUGGCAGCAAGCUAUCGAUCUCAAGCCAGACAUCGUUGAGAUAGACUACAUCGGUGAGAUCAACCCGAACGUCGAUCUCGGCGACGACGCACCCAACUACGUCGACGGGUUCCCGCACUCCGCCUGGAGAAACGUCGCGCAGUACUUCAUCUCGUGGUACAAGACGGGCUCCGCCCCCGCCGUCUCAGAUGACCAGAUAGUAUUCUGGUAUAGGGCUCAUCCGAAGGUCGCCGCCUGCCCGGGCCUCCUCCCGCGCAACGCCGACUACCCCGCCGACGCCGUCUUCGCGCUCGCGCUCCUGAAGACGCCGUCCACGAUCACGCUCGACAUCGGCUCGAACCACUACCAGUGGGACGCCCAACCGGGCGCGAGCAUGGGCGCCGUCCCGUUCCCGACCGAGGACGCCCAGAUCCCGUACUUCCAGAUCAUCCAGGGCGGGACCAAGGUCAAGGACGGGUACGGGUCCGUGUACGUCACGCAGACGGAUUGCAACUACUACAAUUUCAACCCGUUCGUCGGCCUCAUCGCAUAG